CCCGCUGGCGGGAUGGAGAGUGAAGAUCGGCUUCUUAUUUUGGAUCCCGCUGGCCUGGAGGAGCCAGACCGGGGUCUGCGUGUGUUGGAAUGGCUGCGGUAUUUGAGGAUGGUGCUCCCAUUCACGAACAGGGCCCAUAUAAAGGAGAAACAGAAGCAGUUGGUUGAACAAUUGAAGUUAAUAAUGAUGGGCUCACCAGGUCCCCCAACACGUCGACUUUUGGCUCAUAACUUGGCCACUGUGUACAGUUCUGGAGACACAUUCUCUGUAUAUGAAACUAUUGACCUGUGCAUCGAGUUGAUCCGCAGCAAGGACGACUCCCCCAGCUACCUCCCUAGCAAGCUAGCUGCUGUGGCCUGUCUUGGAGCUCUAUAUCAGAAGCUUGGCCGUUUACUUGGCAGCACGUACAGUGACACUGUUACUAACCUACUCAAAGUCCUUAAGAGUGCAGAGUCUCAGGGACGCUCUGAGAUUAUGUUGAGUCUGGAGCGAAUUGUUACUGGCCUGGGACCCUCUGCUGCACCCUGCCAUCGUGACAUCUACAAAGUAGCACGGUCUUGCUUGACUGACAGAUCCAUGUCUGUCCGCUGUGCUACAGCACAGUGUCUCCUGGCCUUGCACAAUGAGGCUUCCUUUAUGUCUGGCUCCGACCUUGAAAGUUUGUCAUCCCUCUGCUUUAAGGCCUUUGAGGGCAGCAGCUACGAUGUACGUCAGUCUGUUUCUACACUGCUGGGGAAGGUGCUCGCCAAAGCUGUACAGAAUGGUGCAGUUCCUCCAAAGCAGAGUACACGCAAGCUCACCCUGCAGGAGGCGCUCAGUCUGUUGUCUACAGGGUUCCUUCGGGGCAACUCAGGAUUCCUUCGAGGAGGCAGUGACAUGUUGGGUGGGGGGAGUACAAUUACUCGCCAUGUCCGUUUAGGAGCCACACAGGCUUAUGUUGUAUUUGUCAGCACACUUGGGGGACAGUGGCUUUCCAGGAAUGUCCCUGAGCUUCUGUCUCACAUACUAGAAUUAGUCUCCAACCCAAGGGCUACUUCAACUCCUAUAGAAGCUGCAUGCUCUCGAUACUGUGCCUCUUAUAUACUCCGGUCCACACUUGGAGAACUUCUGGGAGAAAAGGCCCAGCUAGCAGCUUCCCGUGAAAUAUGUGAUGUCAUCCGCCAGCUCAUGAAAGCUGUUGAUGCUGUAUUAAGUGACAGUAACACCGAGACAAAAUUUUCUGCAACUGGGCUUUCAGCCAGUCAACAUGUGCUGGUGUGUGCGCUUCAUGAACUGGGAAAUCUUGUUCUGGGCUUGGGUAGUACAGCCUCCCCUUUGUUACGGGACUCCAGCAAUGGUACUCUUGACACUGUGAUCUCGGUGGCUCUUCAUCCCAGCCUUAAUGCUCGGCUUGCAGCUGCCUGGUGCCUACGCUGUGUGGUUGUGUCUUUACCUUCACUGGCUACUCCACUUCUUGACCGUUGCACUGAACGUUUGGCAGCUCUAAAAUCUUCACCUGAGGCAGUUAGUGGAUACAGCCUGGUAGCUGCUGGGUUACUUGGGUCAGUCAGGCUGUGCCCACUGGGAGUGCCGCAUAGUAAGAGCAAGGUUAUCAUGAGCCUAGCAGAAGACUUAUUAUGCUCUGCAAACCAGAACAGCCGUCUCUCCUUGCAUAGGACACAGGCUGGAUGGCUGCUCAUAGCUGCUGCCAUGACAUUAGGCUCCUCUGUUGUUCAGUCUCACCUAGGCCGGCUGCUCUUACUUUGGCGUAGUGUCUUUCCACAGACUCCUAAGGAUCUGCACACUGAGCGUAGUCGUGGCGAUGCCUUCACCUGGCAGGUGACCCUUGAGGGUCGCGCAGGGGCACUGAGCGCUAUACACAGCUUUGUUUCUCAUUCGAAGGAGCUUAUGUCAGAUGAGGUUCUGCACAGGCUUGUGCCUCCCCUCCCCUGUGCUGUGGCACUGCUUUCUCAGCUUCCUUCCCUGCAGAAGUUGUAUGGAAACUCCCUGAAGGCUUGCUCUGUGCUGUACAGACAGAGACUUUACCAGCUGCUUGCUUUACUUCCUCCAAAGACCUAUGAAGGAAGCUUCUGUGCUAUUAUGACGGAGCUGGUUGCUGAUCUAGCGUCACCUGAUUACACUCCUGGGGGAGCUGCUUUUCUACUGCCAUCACUUUGUCAUCAAGAGGACUUGGUGUUACUGGAACCUCUGUUGCAGAAGAACAAUCACCAUGCUAUAGAGGAACACCUUCUGUUAAACAGUGGGAUUCCAGGUGGCAGUUUGGAAUAUGAUCCUCACUCUAUCUACCAGAUACUCCCAGAUGAAGAAUCAGUGCCUGCCCCGUUGCCACCAGCCUUCAGUGUAAUACAGUCGGCAGCCUUACUGUUUGGCAUCAUAUUGUCACACAUGCCAGAAUCACAGAGACCUCAAAUGUUGGAGCAGUUGCUAGAUACCAUCAAGCAGUCUAAGGGUUCCAGGCAGCAGUGUGUCCAGUUGUCUGCUAUGUCUGCUCUCUGCAGCUUCCUCAAGCACCUAGAGAUCAUCCAAAGCAGUUUGGAGCAAGAAGAGGUUCGCAGACCAUGCCUCUACCUUAUCCAUUGUGCACUGGAGAGCAAUAGUCCGUGGCUUCGUUGUGCUGCAGUAGAAGCUCUUUCCAGACUGGCUCAUGUGGCAGCUGAACCUGUGUUCACAGCAGGAUUAGCACAAGUCAGCUUUGAUAAAUUGAAGACUGCCAAGGAUGUGCUGGCCAGAACUGGUCACUCUCUAGCUUUGGGAUCUCUGCAUAGAUCCCUGGGUGGCAUCCGUUCUUCUCAGCAUUUGUCUUUGUGUGUUGCAGUACUGCACUCCUUGUCUCAGGACACCACAUCUCCAGAGGUUCAGACGUGGGCCAUGCACUCCCUCUCCAUUAUUAUUGACUCAUCUGGACCACUGUAUCAUGUACAUGUAGAGGCUACGCUUUCCCUUCUCCUCACGUCUUUGCUUAGCACUUCUCCAUCGUUUCCUGAGGUGCAUCGCAGCAUUGGUCGAUGUCUGAGUGCACUGCUCACUACGCUUGGUCCUGAACUCCAAGACAGUGGGGCCCCUGCAUCCUUGAUGAGAAACUCCUUUUUGCUGGGCUGCUUUUUAAUGCAGGAGAAUCCAGACUGUAUGGUUCAGGCCCAAGCCAUCUCUUGUCUACAACAACUGCACAUGUUCGCUCCUAAGCACCUAAACCUGUCCAGCUUGGUACCCACACUUUGUGUACAUCUGUACAGCCCUCACCUCCUCCUGCGCCGGGCUGUAUUAUCGUGCCUGCGCCAGCUUGCACAACGUGAGGCAACUGAGGUGUCUGAACAUGCAAUGAGUAUGGCCAAAGAUGGGCACAAGGAUUUUAAAAUAGAUGUGAAUAUGAGGGAGCUUGGCCUAGAAGGAAUCUUACUAUCAUUGCUGGAUAGGGAGAGUGAUCAGCAGCUGCUACAGGACGUGAAGGAAACGCUACUGCACAUGCAGAGUAGCACAGGCUUGCAUCGACUAUCGUUUUGGCUGCGACUGCACAAGGAUGUGCUCUCGUCCUCCGCAGACUUUCAAGCUAUUGCCUCAAUAGAUACUAAUCAAGAGGAGGACUGUGAGCGAUCAUGCUCAGAUUCAGUGCUGACCUCACAGAAAGAGGAUGCUCCUGCUCCCUUAGUUAGCCCUCGUUGGCGCACACGAGUAUUUUCCAUGCAGUGUGUGUGUCUCUUGGUGGGCCAGUGUGAAGGGGAGAGUAGGGCUCAUUAUGACAUGGCACAAGCUCAAGAAAUGAUGGACAAAGAACCAGAAAGAGACUUUCUAGUGUUGCACCUACAGGAUCUUAUACGCAUGUCCUUCAUGGCUGCUACAGAUCAAAGUGAGCAGCUACGUCUGGUUGGGCUCCAGGCUUUGCUCCUAAUCAUAAAAAGGUUCUCUGGUGUACCAGAGCCUGAAUUCCCUGGGCACUUCAUCCUGGAGCAAUAUCAAGCUAACGUGUUGGCAGCAGUUAGACCAGCCUUCAGCAUAGACACUCCACCUGACGUUACUGCCAGGGCUUGCCAGGUUUGUAGUGCUUGGCUGGCCAGCGGCAUUGUGAGUGACCUUGGAGACCUUCACAGGGUACAUCAGUUACUUUUAUCUUCACUCGGCAGAGUGCAGUCAGCAAAAGAGACUCCCAGCAUUUACAGUGAGAGCACUACUGCCAUGGAGAGCUUGGCUGUGCUUAAGGCCUGGGCAGAGGUAUACAUUGCAGCUAUGGAGAGGCAGUCCUUGGGAACUGCUACGGGGGAGAGUAAUGCUGAAGGGCUUUUAUCCUUGGUACAAGCUGACUUGCCCACUCUCAGUCAUCUCUGGCUAGCAGCUCUUCAGGAUCAUGCUCUGCUCACACUGCCUGCUGAGUGUGCUGCCCGGCUCCCUCCACAGGGGGGAACAUUUUACACAGCCGAAACCAGUGAUGCUGCCAGACCACACUAUCUGUUCUCCUGGGCUUCCAUUCUCCAUGCCUCUUCUCUCUGGCUGAGCAGCUCCGGUUUUCUCCUGUCAGACCAAGAUGAAGGUGCUUGUCGUCUUUCACGACCAGUCACCCCCACUUCCAUAGGGCAGGAGUUUGUCUCAAGAACUUCAACCAAGUCGCCAGAAGAUAUCAACUUCGAGAGGUUCCACCUUCUUCUCGGAAUUAGUGUGGAGUUUCUUUGCUGUCCUCCUGCGGAUGCCCCCAUGAAUAGUAUCACUGUCUGUUUACGGGCCCUGAAAUCAUUGCUUAUUGGGGUAUGGCCCAGAACUCACAUUGGAGCUGACCAGAAUCUCGCAGUUGAACUGGUGUCUGUUCUUCACCGGUUGCUGCUUAUGCGAGAGUCUCCAGAAGUGCAAAUUCUAGCGCUGGAGGUCGGGAAACAAAUCCUAAAUGCAGUGAAAGAGCAUGUACUUGAGAAGAGGAGGAGUGCCGAGGUGGAUGAUGGUGCAGAAGAAAAAGAGACCCUUCCUGUAUAUGGUGAAGGUCCUGAUACUGGAGGUCUGGUGCCUGGGCACUCGCUGGUUUUGUCUGCUUUGGAAAUGUGUCUCUGUAUCCUGGUCAGACAAUUACCUCAGCUCAGUCCACGAUUGUCUGGAAACUCAGUAAGAAGCAUAACAGCACAACCUCUCUCACACCAAGUCAGCCACUUGGUGUCUGCGUCUUUGGGUAUUCUAGCAGAUCUGCCCUCUCUCUGUUCCCCAGAAGGAAGCGUGUCUAUCUUGCCUACUCUGAUGUACUUGGUAGUGGGUGUGCUUCAGUACACAGCGGUGAAGCUUCCAGAUGGACGUCUUCCUCUAACUGUCACUUCAGCCCUCCAAGCUCUAAAAGUCAUUGUGUCCUCCCCAAUGUCGCAAGCUGAGAAGAGCAGAGCAGCUUGGACCAGCCUCUUGCAGGGCACUGCUACAUCUCUUCUCCAGUUCUGGGAUACAGGACCAGAGACAACCCAGGACUCGGUCAGUCUCUUGACGGCCCUUACAAUCCUUUUACUGUCUCCUUGUCCGGAGGUUCUGUCUGAGCCCAGCUUACAGAGCUUGUGUGUACAGAGAUUUUGCCUCAGCUUAGACAGUAAAGAUCCCAAUGAGCAGUUUAAGUGCUACAGGUUGUUCCUGUCCAUCUUCCAACAUCCAACACCAGGGGUUGUGGCCCCCUAUAUAUGUAGUCUGGCCCCACGCGUAGUAAAGCAUUUAAGCCAAGCUGAGAGCCGGAAGCCACAGAGGCAAUCUGAGCUGCUUGUAUUGAAGGAAGGAGUGCAUCUUCUGCAAACUCUUAUAGCUAGCAGUGAAGAGCAUAUACGUCCUUUUACGGUAUCUGUCUUGGUGCACAUCCUCAUCUCCUUCCUGCUAGAUGAAAAUGCUCUCUCUUCUGCAACGCAAUGUUCCCGUGCUCUACACGACUUUGCCUUAGAGAAACUAACCCAAGCUGGAGCCUGCCAUCCAUUCUUAUUUCGCCAGCUUAUGGGAAGAUUUCCUGCCCUCCGUUCCCGCCUGGAAGCUGCUUUAAGGGGCAACCAAGAGAUCUUAAGACCCAAGACAUCUGCCCAAACCAACCAGGGAUGUAGCAAGGGUUCUCCCAGCAUACAGCUGAAGACUAACUUUCUGUGAAGUCAUCACUUCUGUCUUCUUGCUUUAUUUUUGCAGCCUUAAAGUCAGGUUACAUGUUUUCUUAAGACAUGUACUUGCCUUGUUUAUUUAGUACACUCUACUAAGCUGUAAUCACAGAUGCCUUAUCUUUUUGGUUUGUGAGAGGUAUACUGUAAUCUGCCUCUGUCUCUUACUAACCUUAAUCCAGUAAUGGAAUGGUUUUGAGAAUGUUAAUGACCACAUCAUCUAUAGAUGUGGUUGUGACUACUUUGCACAACUUAAAAAGGCUGUAUGCGACUAUAUAUACAUUUUUAAGGAACAUGGUAAAAGAAAAACAAUAAGCAUAAUGUUUAACAGCAACAGUUCUAAAAUGAGAUGGAGUUGUAUGCAGUUAUAGUCAGGAGUUUUUACGAACAAUAAAAUGUUGGUAAGAGUAAAGUCAAUAAAAUCAAAUUGGGUAAAGGUUAAAUAGAUAUAGAAGAAUGGGACUUUAAAAGAUGGAAGAUUGAUAGGACUAAGAAAUUACGCAAAUACUGGUACAGUGGUGGUUAUAUGAAGGAGGAGUUGCAAGGAGAAAUGAUAUUGACGGAAAACUAGCAUUUAACUUUAAUUAAAUGUUUGUGCUACGUUUCUCUUGUCAGAAGCAUUAACCAGCUAGUUAGUUGAAGGUAAUUCUGAAGCUGGUGUAGAUGUAAAAUUUACUCUAAGCAAUGGUGAUAAUGAAGUAAUAAUGGCUGAAUAGCUCAUGCCUUUCUGUUUUUGCACUGCUGUCUCGUAUAAUGUGUUUUGUUUUUAAUUGUCUGCAUAGAUUCACCUUGUAUGAUAUGAACUUAGUGGUUUCAAAAGCUGCUAAUUUACUAUGCACAUAAAACAGACCUUAGUUAUUGUG